AUGGAAACUGAAACGACGGAUUCCGUGUUUUGGAAGCUUCGAGAAAUCCUACUUAACUCUGACUCUACCCUUUCAAAUCUUUCUACAACGGACAAUGAACGUAAUGUUUCGUUGGAGGACGGUAUUACAAGAAACAAAAUUGAAGAUGACUUCAUAAUCAAUGAAAGCUCUUUGGAUCAAUGCAUUCCUUUACUCAGAGCGGCUAUUGAGGAGGAUGUGCUUGAAAAGACGGUAGAAGAACUGAUAAACUCAAUUGAUGAUAAUUUUGAAAGUGUCGAGAGCCAGAUACUCCAGGAUGCUGAGGUCAAUGAUGAUCUCUCGGCAUCUAUUCAGCGAAUAUCUUCAAUUCGGGGUCUUGUUGAAGGAUCGUUAAAGGCGCAAGUUCAAGAGUUAGAGAAAGAGCUAGCUGCUUCUGUGAACGAACUACUGAUCAAGAAGCAGGCAUUUAUCAAAAACAAGAAGACAUCGACAAAAAUUAAGGAAACCACCAUUCUGAUAAAUAAGAUCGUGAGAAUACUGGAGUUGACCAACAAAUGUCAAGAUUUAAUAAAAGAUGGUAAUUUUUUCAAAGCCUUACAAAAUCUAGAAAACCUUGAGAGAAUUUAUCUUCAGGACUUCAAAAAUUACAAUUUUAAAUUCCUCAAGGAAAUUAAUGCAUCAAUUCCAAUUCUGAAAACCAAAAUUAAGGACGAAAGCAUAAGUUUGAUCAAACAAUCCUUCAACUCCAAUUUAGAGAAAACUUUACUCAACCUGGGUACAACACUUUACUCAUUCUACAAUGAUACACUUCUACCUGACUGGACUUCUCAGAAAAAGAGCAUGAAUCUCGGAAACUUCAAGUUUAAUUCUGCAGUUGAGAUCUCGUUGCGAGAUCAGAAAAGACUAAUGUCACUCGAUUUGAAUCAAUUUUACAAGCUAGAUGAGCUCUACGAUUCAAUAUUGAUUUUCCAAAACCUCAAAGAGUUGAGUUAUCUGUGCGACGAAUUCACUAAAGAGUACGAUUUCAGGAAGUCAAAGCUCGUCUAUCCCUUGGAGCUCAAAAGUAGCGUGAGUUCGGCCUUUUCCAAUAAUCAGAAGGAUAUAACGGAAAUUUUUGGGAAAGACGUCGACAUGUCUAUGAUCAAGAACUACAUGUUAAGAGUGCUGGGUUUUUUGGUUUAUGAUAGACACCUUCAAAAAUCCACGGAUUCCAUGCUUUCUGAUAGUUCGGAUAGCGCCACAGAUGAUUUUUGGGACAAUUACAUUGCAAAACUUUCACCUUAUCUAGAGCAUUACGUUACUGUUCUUCUAAAGACAGAAGAGGAAUUGGACGAAUUCAAGGGGUUUUUGGGCAUAUUCGUGGCUGUUUUAGAGAAUUGGGCGUUCAAUAUCGAGGCAAUCUACGCAAUUCAGGUGCUCGUGUUCAAGAAAUUUUGUGCUUUGUUGCGAUUCAAUUUCGAGCAAGAGUUUCGCGUAUUGCUCAACGACGAUGAUUUCAUGCCUCUUACUGUCAAUGACAAGGACUUAUUCAAUAAAAUUCUAAGGGUGUGUUGGGUUAAAAAGAAUGAAUUACGGGAUAGUGCUAUUAUCGAAGAAAAUGGGGCAUCGCCAUCCAUUGCAACCCUUCCUUUUUCCCCUUUAUAUCCUAUGACUUGCACUUUAAUAAAAAAGACUUACAGCAAGAUUACGGCAUUUUUGGAUGACUUCUUUCAACACGAUCUUAAUUACUUGAGUAAGGUUGUGGUUCAAACCAUCGACAUCAUUUUUAGCAAGAUAAUCAAUGAAAGAAUAAGAGCAAAGUUGGACACAACUUCGCGGGAGGAAAUUGCUCAGAUUUUAAUAAAUUUAGACUAUUUUGUCAUUGCAGCAAAGGAGUUCAGUCUCAUACUCACGCGGGAAAAUAUAGUUCAGAGCCCUGACAUUGAAAUUAGACUCAAAUCUCAAAAACUGCUCAGCGAAACUCGAGCAUUUGCAGAAUCCAAACUUAUAGAACUUAUCGAUUCUAAAGUGUCAGACUUGAUGGAAUUUGUUGAAUUCGACUGGAAUAAUGACAUCUUGGAGGAAGAGCCUCAUAUUUUCAUCAAAGAUAUUGCACAGUUUUUGGAAAUGAUGUUUACUUCUACGCUGGUCAAUCUUCCAGAUAGUGUUAAAUCAUUGCUCAUUUUCCGCGAAUUUGAUGUCCUGACAAAAAAGUUCUUGGAUAUGCUGCUACUCGAAACACCCGAGAUCAUAAGUCCUCAAAGUGUUAGCAAUUUUGAGCUCAAUAUGGAUUUCCUGGAGAGUGUCAUUUGGAAAAUCUUUCCUAAUGACCUAAGCUCACCUGAUUCGCAGGGUCUGGCUAGCCCGGAUUUGUCCCAAAACUCAGAUAAUCCAAGGAUUUCUAACGUCAUAGAAAAUAACAUACGCUCCUUGCGCUCAACGUUUGGCGAUUUGAGGCAGCAUAUUGAAUUUCUGAAGGCUCAGAAUUUAGAAGAGUACAGAGAUUCGAGUCUGAGGAUGAGAAAAUAUCCAAGAAUAAAGCCUGAGGUUGCACAAAUGCUUUACAGUAAAGUACAUGUAAGACCACAAUCAGCUGAGAUGAUGGAGAAAAGCAGCAUUUCCAUUGAUCCAAAUUUUGGGGAAACUUCGGGCUCCAACGGAAGAAUUGCGAAGUUUUUUAAUAGAAGCUAA